CGUCGUUUCGUUGACUCCUUCAUCCGCAAGUCAUGGUUGCCCGACCUCCACGUCACCGGUUUUAACCGUUUACUGUGUAUAUUUGUCACCGGUUAUUAAACUCCCUCCCUCUCUGCGCGCCUUUCUCACACUGUCACUGGCUGGACUGAUCUGGAGACACUUUCGAUCAUUUUUUUUUUUCAGUUGCGCUAAGGAGAAAGCUGCCCACAAACCCUAGAUUUGGCCGGGUGAGUUUUAACACUUCACUUCACUCUACUCCUUCUCUGUUUGGUUUCCUGAGGUCAAAGGUGCGAACUUUGUCUACUUUGGAUCUUGGGUUUCCAGCUUUGGCUUUACGAAUUUGACUCAAAGAGCUGUGGGAAGGAAUGAGCAUAUGAGCAUCUGUGAUGGGUCGAUUCUUGUUAUAGCUGACGCCUUGGAACUUGCUUUUUUUAGGUUAAUAGAUACGCUUUUCCCCCCUCAGUUAGGUAGUUGCUUUUGUUGAUUGCUCACACGACUAAAACGAUCUUUCAGUGGAUUGUUCGUAGUUGUUGGCCUUCACUUGGUUGUGUGUUCUUCGCUUCUAUUCUUUCAUGACCAAAAAAGAAAUCAUCGAGAAUCGAGCUUUAGGGUAUGCAUAUUGUGUAUAUGCUCUUGAUUCUGCUGUUUUUUUAUGAAUUCCUUUGGUUCAAUUUUAUGAACCACAGUUUGCAAGGCCGGUGGAUCUUGCCUGUAAUGUGACAUGACUAAGAAUGGAGAAGUGCGAGGGCAGAAAGGCGGGAACUGUUGGAGUUGGAGAGUGUGCCGGGUUCGAGGUGUAGUGAAACGGAAGAGGAUUAAGCAGGAUGAAGCGAGAAUUAGAGGCUUGGAAACGGAGAUUGAAAUGAGAAAGAAUGAGUAUGAAGAACUUCAGGAGAAGUAUGAGGCGCUAGAGCUUGCCCUGGAAUGUGAAAGGAAGAAGAAGGGUAUGGUGCUGGAGGUUGAAGGUUUGAGACGAAUGUCCCAUGAAUUGAGCUCUAAAGUGGGAAAAGAUGGACUGAAUCUUAAGAUCAGGUUAGAUGACUUGCAGGUGGAUCCACGGCCAGCUUCUGGAGCUACUUCUGACUUAUUGGCAACACCAGUUAACAAUGUUCCAAGCCAGGGCAGAUCCUGUUUUGGAGGACCGAAAUCCAGAGGCAUUGUAAGUCGUACAAGUGCUAGAAGACUGUCGUAUGCUGAAGAAGAAAGAGAUCACGUUAUAAAAUUUGCUCCAUCAACUCCUGGCUACCCCAAAUUUUCUUUUCCUGGUUUAAAGAUCAGCAGUUCAGCAAGAAGUACAGGCACUGAGGAGGAUAUCCGUCAGUUUGAUGUUAGAACAACCUCCCCCCUUAAGUGCAUUGGCACCCCAAAAGGGAAGAUUGCAUCAAAAUUGGAUUGGUCGUUCAAUUGGAAGCUACGUGGCGACAUGCUUGCAGCCUUUAAGGAACCCGAUCUGUGUAUGAUGGCGGUCUGUGUUCUUUACCGACAGCAAACAUCUUAUGAACGAAUGUUCAAGGUAACACGCGAUGCCAAUGGGAGAGGGUUUAGCCAAGAUGAUGCUCGCAGGGGAUCCGAGAUCUCAGACUUUCUCACGGAUGGGGAUCUCCUUGGUGAUAUGAACAAGUCUGUGGAAGAAUUACAAGCACGAUUUCCAGAUCCUGAUGACGGUCUUCAAGCGUGCAGAGAAAUGGCUACUAUUUAUAAUAAGCAACUGUUCGAGAUCUACGAGAACAAAGAGGACCAUUUCUGGCAAGCCGUGCAUAACAAGUGAAGCAAAGUGCAGAGAACAAGAUUUGCCUUUUUAGUGAUUGCAGGCCAUGAACUCUGGGAAGCCUAGCUUUCUGAAAAGGAAGAUCAGUGCACUUAUUUUGUAUGUAAAUCGUCUAACCACCAGUCUAGCUAAGUUACUAUCCGGCACUCCUAGUUUUUUGCCUUGUGUGCCAAGCAAUGUAUAACUCUUCUCCGGUAGGAAACUCUGAAUCAACUAAUGGAAUGUAU